AUGUCGGAGGACUCUGGGUCUUCACAGCUACCGCCGGUGAAAGUCCUGGCCGCGCAACUGCGGCGGUGUCGUCGCAUGUCUGGUGGCCCGUGGCUGUUGGACCGGGAGGAGUACGGGCGCCCUGCGUUAGCAGUCCGUUUCGUGUGGAUGCAGGGCACGGUGCUGAGCGUAGAGCUGGAUGGCUCGACUGUGCGGCUGCGCGACGAAAGCGGCUCGUUCGUGGCUCAGGGCGUCGACAGCGUGCCCAAGGGGCGGCCUUGCCUUAUCGCCGGGAAGUACGUGAUGGUAAUGGGCCUGCUGCAGUCGUGCACCCCAGAACCUACUAUUCGAGCCGUGAAGAUGACAGAUCUUUCGGAAAAUCCACUGCACAGGAGCAUGUGGGGGUUGGAAGUGGAGGAUUUGCACAGAAACGGUCUUUUAUGAUGGAGGCUCAGCAUGUUCUCGCUUUCAAAAGAAACUGGGCGUCUGAGGAAACUUUCCAUAUUGCCGUUAAAAUAUGCAUGGAGCCUCAUUUUUGGAGAACUUGGAUUAAUGAGCACAAUGGUCGUGCUUCAUUGUCUUAUUGCAGCUGUGGUGACAGGAUAAGUUAGAUGGAAAUGGGUCAAGUUGAUGAAGUAAUACCUCUUCCUACAGUGGAGUAUUGAGC